CCAGUGGAUGUGGAGGACAGGAUAAAAGCAACACAAAGAGCAGAACCACUUCAGUCAAGAAAAUAAAUGAAAACUAUAGCUACCGGAGCAGCAUGCAGCUGCUGGGUUUGGAUGAGGGCCAGGAGGGUACCUCAGACACCGUCACAGCCAGGGGAGCCUACCUGUCACUCCUCUACCUUCGACACCUCAAGAUCAGGGAACUGCAGCGCAUCUCCCUAGGCAUUCUAAACUACCUGAGGUCCAUCGAGAGAACCCUGACUUUUGACACAGCUGGGAUGCGUGUGGAGGGAGGAGGAGCAUGUGGAGGAGGAGGAGCGGGAGAAGGAGGAGCAGGAGGAGGAAGAGCAGCAGGAGGAGGAGGUUUGGUCAGCACCACUGAGGAGUCAAGCUGGAUGAAUGCGGCCAGAGGGUGCAGUGGGACAGUCGGAGGUCUGGGCUCUCACCUCUACAGCCACAACACUCCUGUUGACUACAAGGUUCACUGUUCCGAGUUCAUGGAGUACCCAGAGGUGGAGAAUCUUCAUGAUUUCUACACCACUGAGGAGCGAUACGUCCACACCCAGGACCAGCGAGGGCUCUACGUGGUGUACGACGUGGCUCUGAAGGACCUGGAGGAGCUGGAAGACACACUGACUCUUCUGGGCUCACACUACAUCCAGAGGAGUAGUUGGAGGGUCAAGGGCCAGUCUGAGGGAGGCAGGGUCAAGGGUCAGUCUGAGAGGUCACAUAGCUCUGCAACGACAGACCUCCACUCUUCCUGGGCUCAGACAGAUAUGGAUAGAGUUGCAGUUCUCCUAGACCUGUGGACAUGCGAAGCUGCUUUUUUGGAGAGCAAAGUGCAGCUGUUGAACUGCUAUAUUGAGGCCUACCAGCAUGUGACAGGACCAGAAGAGAGGUUCUCCUUGGCUCAGGUCAUCACAGACAUCAUGCACAGAAGGCCUCGACUACACCUGGACAUGGGAGCAGAGUACUUUGUUCAGGCCUACCGGGCAGAGAUGGUCUGUAUGCAGACACACCAGCAACUCAUCAGAGCCGUGCUGGACAACCAAAUAGAUCGUCAGCGGCAAUACCUCCAUCGGGUGUGGAGAGGAGGUCAGGGACAGGGAGCUACUCCUUGUGACUAUGGUCUUCCUCCUAACUAUGUGGCCAAACAUCUGGUGUCCCUCGGUGGUGGCAGGCAAGUCCUAGUUCUACCCAUGAAUUAUAGACUGAUUACAGUGUCAUGUGAUAUCACCUCAAAACAGACUAACAUGUUAAACAGUAUAAAUGAAUAGCUAAUAUAAAAAUGUGUGCGCACACCCCUGCCUGUCUGUUCUCUUGCUACCAGUCCUGCCCUGAUGAAUGUGUUCCUUCUGGAGGUGCACCACU